GGUGACAGGCGAGGUGUAGGCUGAGGGUCAUGGCAGGGUUAGUUGGGAGAGCUCAGCCCCAGUGAACGCUCGUGUGUGUCAGCUGAAGGACACCAACACUGCCCGGUGAUCCAUCUGGGUGGUGCCAAGCGAGGAACAUGUACUGGUGUUUUGGUGCGGCGUUGAUGCUGGUAACAGUGGUGGGGAUCCCGGCACACAGCCAGCAGGCAUCGGCAGCAUCCUUCCGCCUGGUCACCGCUUACACGUUAAACCGAACUGAUGACUCCACUCAAACAUUUCUCAGAGUGGGGACCUCUCCCUCCACCCGGUCCCUUACCUUGGCUCUGCAGACUGACCUGACUAACUGUGGAUGCAAUGUCACCGGGAAUUACUCAGGUCGCGUCCUCCAGGUGACAGGUGGCUACACAGGUGAUGCGCUCAAAGUCGUGGCGCAGAGGUACCAGCAUGUGGGGGGCGUUGGAUCAGCUGAGGAGUUGGUGAGCGUAGCGUGGCACCCCGAGGAAGAGAUGCUGUUCAUGGCGGCUCCCAGGACCACCCUCAGCCUGGCCAGCGGGCAUGAGGGCCAGGCGGGGCAGUGGUGGCGGCUGUGGUUGAGAGGCGGUGAGGAAGAGCGCGGCAAGGCCUCCAGUGGUGACCCCGCGCCGCCUCAGCUUGACCAAGAGCGAGACGCAGCCGGAACCGAGGCAGGACGGGGCGUGGUGGUGCGCACUCAGUUCUCUGAAUCCAUCUUUGGCGUAUCUGUGGACUCGCUGAUGCCGGGGAAGCGUCGGCGUCUCCUGAACCUCACCGUCACGCCACACACUGGAAAACACUGGCAGGUGAGCCUACAUGUGCCAAUUAUCUCUACAGCCCUCGAGUGGGAGACGAAGCUCUGGAAAAAUCAGGGCAAGCAACAUUGGGAAGUUAAUGGGGAAGUCAAGUCUACCAAAUCUGACAUAUCGUUAGAAUUCGUUCACUUCAAGCAGGAGAAGCAGGACGAGGAGACUCAGGUCACGGAUGACAGAGGUGAGGCUGGCAGGUGUGAUGCUGAAGGUUGUGGGGACGGCAAUGUCAAGGAGCCAAAAGCCAAGUCGCGGCACCACGUCGACAGUGAUUGCGACUCAGAUUUAAGAAAAGAACAGACAGUAGACCAGAAUGAAGUUUGUAGUGGUCGAGAUCAUAAAUCAGAAGACUUAAAGCAAAAUGAUCCUGAUUCCGUAAUGUUAAAUGUAGACGAAGAAUGUUCCAAGAAAGCGGAGUGUGAUGGACCGGAAGAGUCAGUGUCAAGUGACGCUGUUCAAGAGACUACACAAAAAUUAACUUCCCGGGUUUUCAGCCUUUCUUCCAACAUGAAAACUUUCAUCUCAUCUGACUGAUUCGGAUCCUGCAGCGCACACACCUGGCAUUCUGUCCUCACGUUGGCUGGAACUUGAACCAAAUAUUUCGGUUCAAUCGUGACUGGACUGGGUGUUCAAUCGUGACUGGACUGGGUGGGAGUACGUGGUGAACACCUGGG